ACGACAGUAAAGUUUAGUUACACGGGCAGUUCACAUGUCCGGGAUUUAGGGCCUUUUGAAAUUAGGGGUUUAGGGUUUUAGGAUGUGGCAGAGAGGAGGGUUGAGGAUAGGAUUAAAACUCCGGCGGUUUUGUACGGAGACACGACGUCACAUUGAAGAUGAAGGCGACUGGUUUUAUUCAUCGGAAUGGUGGGAUAAUCACUCCAACGGCCUUACAGUUCUGCGAUCACCUUCUGAUAAAGGAAACGGCAUCGUCUCCGUCCUUGCGUAUCCUGCCUCCAGACCAAACGAAGUUUACUGGCCAGGAACAGAAAAAUGGCUUCAGCAAAGGUAUGCAGAGAUACAUCCUGGUUUUGAACAUGAUGAACGUUUUAGGAUUCUUGGUUAUCAAUGGCGCACUCUACGCUUUAAUGAUGAGACCCGCCAAAGCACAGUUAAAAUAAUGGCUGCUUAUAGGGAAUCAGAUCCUGAGUCUGUAUGCUUCAUGCAGCAGGCACAUUGCCUGGCUGUUCCAUAUGUGAAGAGUAUGGUAUCAGCUGGGCUGGCUUCCAUAGCAUCAUCCUGCAAUUAUGAUUUCAAGAAUGUAGUACGUGGGACAAAAAUUAUGAAUGUUUUAUGCAUUGGUCAUGGUGGGGGGACCUUACCAUUAUUUUUGGCUAGUAAAAUACAAGGUGCUGUUGUUCACAUUGUUGAGAUCGACCCCCUUGUUAUCUCAGCCUCAAUCAAAGCAAUGGGGUUCCCGUCUUUCUCUGUCAUGGCCCCAUCUGGUGAGCGUCAACUCUCAAAACCCAAUUCCAUGGACGAAGUACUGUGGAAAGGUAUUCAUGAAAGGCUCUACCUCUAUGAAUCAGAUGCCGAGAAGUUCAUUCUUGACACCAAGAAUGUUUAUGACAUGGUCUUCAUUGAUGCCUAUGACGGCGAAGACAUUUUUCCUCACAAGCUUUGGGACCCAGAUUCGCCAUUUCUCAGAGCUCUAGGAGACCGGCUUCAUCCAGAUCAUGGAACAGUCAUUGUGAACCUUCACGCAGAUGCCGAGGGCGAUCCAUCUUUCUCCGGCCAGAUUCUGCCAAUGGGAAAAUAUGUUUCCAGAGUUUGCAGUGCAUACAAGGAUGUGCUGAUAGGGAAGGAGAGUUCUUGUGAUCAAGAAGAUUCUGGUUUGGCAUUUACUGUUUCUGUGCCUUGGGUGUGUAAUACCUCUCUUGUUGUGUGCAGAGGUUUUGGGACUAGUGGUGGGAAUGUACACAGGGAUUUGGUUCUGAACACUCUUAUCUCAAAAUCACAAGAAGUGGAGAACCUUCUUAACUUGCCGUUCUCAUGUUUGCAAUAUAUAAUGAGAGGUUUUAUUCUUGUUGAUUAAUCUUCAACAAAUGUCAAUGCUUUUGCCUUUUGUUAAAAAAAUCUUAGUGAUAUUUAUUUUUUUAUUUUUAAGAAUUUGAUCAAUCAAAACACAUACAUUUAAAUGACU